CACUCUUCUUUGGACUUUCUGAUCACAUCAGCCAAACUGUAAGCUAAAGCAUCACCAUGCAGUCUCCUGGAAAAUCUCUGAAGGAAGCUCUGCUAUGUGCUCAGGGUGAAGAUCGACUCACUGUUGGAGUCUAUGAGAGCGCUAAAAUCAUGACUGAUGACCCGGACAGUGUGUCCUUCUGCGUCCUGGCCAUGGAUGAGGAGUUUGAGUGUGACAUCGCUCUGCAGAUCCACUUCACCCUCAUCCAGUCCUUCUGCUUCGACAACGACAUCAGCAUCGUCAGAGUGAGCGACAUGCAGCGUCUGGCUGAGAUUGUUGGUGACAAGGCGGAGCAGCUUGAAGAUGCCCACUGUGUCCUCAUCACGAACCCAGCUGAUGGGUCUUGGGAGGACCCUGCUCUGGAGAAGCUGCACCUGUUCUGUGAGGAGAGCCGCCGUCUGAACGACUGGGUUCCUGAGAUCAGCCUCCCCGAGCGUUGAUCUGGGCCUCGGCUCCUCUCUUGCUCAAAAGCUGUGAAGCUUCUUACCUGGAAAUACUCAUCCUGAUGAAGAGGAUGAGCCUGUUUCUGCUCAUCCCUGGACACUCCUGAGGAGGAUUCCCGUCCAGGCAGCACGGCGCCGGCCCGAGGGGCCUCCCCGUGAACCGUCGCCUCUUGUCCCGUCCAUGCCAAGAUGACUCUCAUUCUUUAUGUGAAUGAGGUCGGGUAUGCCACAAGAGCGACGCAUCGACCCUCAUUCUUUGUGCGGAUGAGGUUUGGAGAGGAAGGAGAUGCGAGUUGUGCCACAGAGCCAACGUCGCACGUUGAAAGCACGCGCAGCAGGAGAAGAAGCGGUGCUGAGGAAGAGGCGUUUUUGAAAAGGGACUUUUUGAAGACGUCCUCUUUGCUGAGCAACAUGACAACAGUUGCAAUCAGCGGAAAUGUUUCCCACUUUCCAGAAUUGUCUUAAUUCUCUAAAGGUUUCACUUUAGAAAUUUAACUGACAAAAAAUAUUCCUUAAAAAUAUUGGAAAAUACCAUCUAAAGGUUUCACUUUAGAUAGUUAACACUGAGAAAAAAAGUGCUAAAAUAAAAAGAAUAUAAGUACAUGAAUCUGAAAUAUGAAAGAAACUGAAUCUGUAGUACUUCCUGAGGGUUUCACCUCAGCUUUAUUGAUGUCUAAUGAUGUAUCUUGUUCACUGCCUAUCUGAAUUUUUAAAGCAUAGAAAUAAAAUCUUUGAAUUCAA